AUUCGCACGCCUCUAGAGUCUCGACUACUUUUGGAACAGUCAAGAGUGCAUCGCAACCAAACCAACCAUCGCUACAGCAACCGUUAACCAACGAGCGAGCCAGCCACCCCCACUGACACGUCAGCCCCGUCUUUCUCUGAUACCCACAUGUCAGUGGUUGGCUUCACUCAAGCUCCCGGUCCCACCAUUUCCGAGCUUUCUCCCCCACCUCACCUCACUACCGCGUCGGCGGCUCCAGCUCCAGCUCCAGCUCCAGCUCCAAGCCUACUAAUGGCCGCCGGAUCUCGCCGUCAGCGGCGACCGCACCGCCGGAGAUGAAGCGCCGACACCUCCCGCCCGUCCUCUUCCUCCUUGUGCUCUCGCUCCUCUCCCUCUCCUUCCGCCGGCACCUAUUUCUCCCUGGAGGCCCGUCCCAAUCCGCCGGCGACGCACUCCUCCGCCGGCUCGCCGCGACCGACGUCGGCGGGGACAAGAUUCUGUUCGAGGCAGCCGCGCUCUUCGCCAACGCCUCGAUAUCCUCCUUCCCCAGCCUCGGCAACCACCACCGGCUCCUCUACCUCCGCCUCCCUUACUACAGCGCCGCAACCUCCGGCCCGCGGCCAAGAACCGUCUCCCGCCUCCGCGUCCCUUCGGAGAAGCUCCCCUCCGACGAGUCCCUCCUCGCCGCCUUCCGCGCCUCACUCCGCUCCUUCCUCCUCGCUCGCCACCGGCGUCGGGGAAACGUCGCCGGCAUCAUGGGCGACCUCGCGGGGCUCCUCGGCAGGCGGCGUUUCCCCACCUGCGCCGUCGUCGGCAACAGCGGAAUCCUCCUCGGUUCCGGCCGCGGCGCGCAGAUCGACGCGCACGACUUCAUCAUCCGCCUCAACAACGCCCGCGUGGCGGGCUUCGCGGCCGACGUCGGCGCCAAGACCUCUCUCUCCUUCGUCAAUUCCAACAUCCUCCACCUCUGCGCCGCCCGCUCCGCCGUCACCGCCGCCGGCUGCGGCUGCCACCCGUACGGUCCCACGGUGCCCAUGGCCAUGUACGUCUGCCAGCCCGCCCACCUCCUUGACGCCCUCAUCUGUAACGCCACCUCCACACCGGCCUCCCCCUUCCCGCUCCUCGUCACCGACGCGCGCCUGGACGCGCUCUGCGCGCGCAUCGCCAAGUACUACUCGCUGCGGCGGUUCGUGGCCGACACGGGGGAGCCGGCGAGCAACUGGACCCGGAGGCACGACGAGAGGUACUUCCACUACUCGUCGGGACUGCAGGCGGUGGUGAUGGCGCUGGGGGUGUGCGAGGAGGUGAGCGUGUUCGGGUUCGGGAAGGCGGCGGGGGCGAGGCACCAUUACCACACCAACCAGAAGAAGGAGCUGGACCUGCACGACUACGAGGCCGAGUACCAGUUCUACCGCGACCUCCAUGCGCGGCCGGAGGCGGUGCCGUUCCUCGACGAGGCGCCGGGCUUCAAGGUGCCACCGGUGAAGCUGUACUGGUGAUUGUUACUGUACUAUGUUUGUUGACAAUUCUGACACUUGACUGAUACAGAUGUUUCGGCAGAGAAAGAAGUGUAAAUUUUGGGCAAUUGAAAGGGAAUGAGAGUCUGAGAUGGAUGUUUCAGAUUGGGAAAUAUGUAAGGAGAAAUGCAGCUCAAUUUUGUGUUGAUCAAAUGGUUCAUUUGAUUGUAA